CCUUAAAUUUCCUCGCAUUUCAUUUCCAUUUCAGUUUCGAAAACGUUACUCAGUUCUCUCUCUAUCUUUCUCUCUCUGCAUGAAAGAAACUUUUCCUUCCCCUUUCCUUUCUCUCUAGUUGCAACAAGUUCCUCUCUUUCUUCGUUCCUUUGUUUUUGGUGUCAUCAAUGGAGACUGAAGCUGCAGGAAGCUUUCUAAAUCUAAAAUUUUUCUCUCUUACUCUGCUGCCUGUAUCGGCUUUUGAUCUUUUUGCUCUAGAUCAAGUAUGAGUUGAAACUUAUAGUCUGGAUCUGUUGAUAUUUAAGUUAUUAAGCUGAUAUUCGCUCCAAAUUUUGGUUAUUGCUAACUGAAGCAUGUGCGGUGGUCCGGACAGAUCAUCAAAAUCAUCUGCUCCAUCUCCAUCUACUGUAGAAAUCACAGCUAACACAAAAGAUAUGAAUCAUCUAACUGUUGAAACGGGAGAUUCUUUUUGCAAUUUACUUGAGCUUGCGGCUAACAAUGAUGUUGAAGGUUUUAAGCAAUUAAUAGAGCGGGAUGCUUCCUCGACUAAUGAGGUUGGGUACUGGUAUGGUCGCCAAAAGGGAUCAAAGAAUGUUGUUCUUGACCACAGGACUCCCCUAAUGGUUGCUGCUACUUAUGGCAGUAUUGAUGUUAUCAAGUUUUUACUUACUGAUACAGAUGCUGAUGUUAAUCUCUCAUGUGGGAUGGAUAAAACCACUGCACUUCAUUGUGCUGCUUCUGGUGGAUCUCUUAAUGCUGUUGAAGUGGUUAAACUGCUUUUAUCUGCAGGUGCAUAUGUGAAUUGCCUCGAUGCCAAUGGCUAUCGCCCUGUUGAUGUUAUUGUUGUUCCGCCAAAGCUGCAUAGCAUGAGGGAUGCCCUCAAAGAGCUUCUCUCAAACAGCAUUUCUAAUGGUUCAUUAGGGGAGCGCAAUUGUAAUGGGUCCGUUGGUGAGAACACUUCUAAUGGUUCCGUGGGCGAGUGCAAUUUACGGGUGUCAAUAAGUACCUCUAAUACUAGCUCACCAACCCUUUCUUCAUCCCCGGAAAAUGGCUCAAUGUCUUCUCCUGUGUUGGGGUCUUCUCCGAUGUCCUCAAAGUACAAUGAUUUGCCAAUAAAUACAUCUGAGAAGAAAGAAUAUCCAAUUGAUCCAUCACUCCCAGACAUCAAGAACAGCAUCUAUGCAACAGAUGAGUUUCGCAUGUACUCAUUCAAGAUCCGCCCAUGUUCUAGGGCAUAUUCUCAUGACUGGACAGAGUGCCCUUUCGUUCACCCAGGAGAGAAUGCACGUAGAAGAGACCCACGGAAGUUUCACUAUAGUUGUGUGCCUUGCCCUGAUUUCCGUAAAGGGGCCUGCAGGCGUGGGGACAUGUGUGAGUAUGCUCAUGGGGUGUUUGAGUGUUGGUUGCACCCAGCUCAAUACCGAACUCGACUUUGCAAAGAUGGCACUUGUUGCAAUAGACGUGUCUGCUUUUUUGCCCAUACACCUGAAGAACUCAGGCCCUUGUAUGUCUCUACAGGAUCUGCUGUCCCUUCACCACGAUCAUCUGCAUCUGCAGCCAGUGUCAUGGACAUGGCAGCUGCUUUGAGCCUUUUGCCUGCUUCUCCAUCAUCAGUCUCUGCCAUGUCUCCUACCCCUUUUAACCAACCAAUGUCCCCUACAGCAAGUAUUUCACACUCAUCUGCUGCAUGGCCACAGCCAAAUAUACCGACACUACAUCUUCCACUAAGCAACCUUCAAUCAAGUCGCUUGAGAUCAUCCCUUAGUGCCCGAGAUAUCCCACCUGAGGAUCUUAAUUUGUUGCCUGAUUUUGAUGCCCAGCAACAGAUUUUAAACGAUUUAACUUGUUUUUCACUUUCUCGUAGCAAUUCUGUAUCUUUGAACCAUUCUGGUCGGUCUAAAGCACUAACUCCAUCAAAUCUUGAAGAGCUUUUUUCUGCUGAAAUCUCAUCUCCCAGAUAUGCUGAUCAAGCUGCUGCAGUUUUCUCCCCCUCACACAAAUCAGCUGUUUUCAAUCAGUUCCAGCAGCAGCAGAGCAUGUUAUCACCCAUCAAUACAAGUGUUUUCUCCCCAAAAAAUGUUGAGCACCCUCUAUUGCAGGCUUCAUUUGGUGUUGGAUCUCCUGGAAGGAUGUCUCCAAGAAGUGUAGAGCCUAUCUCUCCUAUGGGCUCUCGUCUCUCUGCAUUUGCACAGCGGGAGAAGCAGAACCAACAACUUCGAAGCCUUAGUUCAAGGGAUCUUGGAUCAAACAAUCCUGCAGUCUCCAUUGUUGGGUCUACAGUAAAUUCUUGGACCAAGUGGGGUUCCCCAAAUGGGAAAUUGGAUUGGUCUGUUAGUGGAAGAAAUGAUCUUGGUCAACUUCGAAGAUCAUCAUCAUUUGAGCUUGCUAACAAUGGUGAGGAGCCUGACCUUUCAUGGGUCCAGUCUCUGGUUAAGGAAUCACCUCCUGAGAUGAUUAAGGAGAAGUAUGGUGUACCUGUUUCUGGUGCAGCCUCAACUGGUGAGGGAUUGAAUCCUAGUUCUCAAAUUGAUUCUGUCUUAGAAUCUUGGCUUGAGCAGAUGCAGCUUGAUCAGCAGCAACAGCUUGUAGUCUAGUGAAAAUGUUUCGAUUUUACUGAAUUGAGAUAGGUUAAAGAAUUUUCUUGAAGGUAAAUAAUUUUUUUGGCGGGUUUAUGGCUAAUGAGCAAGUGAAGUUGGGAAGAUAACGGUAGUAGAAGGUGUGGGAAGAAAGGUGGAAGGUAAAGAAUUGGCAUAAAGUUUCCGGGAAAUUAUUCAAUUUUUUUACCAUUUGUUGUUUAAAUCAAAGAUUGGAAGGAUGAAGCCUCUCUGGGUAUGCUAAUGAAACCCAGUCCAGGUUAGGUCUCUCUUCAAUAUUUCUGAUUCUAGGAUCAAUUAAUUACUGUUAUUCCUUUUUCCAAAGGGAAGCUUUAGCUACCAGUUUCAUCAUGCAAUGACACCAUGAGUUGUAUCUCUUGAUAGUAUAUUAUUUCUUCAAUAUUCCAUUUUCUGGUUCAAUUUACUUUUAAGAGAGGGUGAGAGGAGGGUAAUUCUUUUAAAAGCUUUGAUGGAUGAUGUGUUACAGUGAGAAUUCAUUAUGGUGGGGAGCAGAUAGUGAGGAACCAUUAUGUUUUCUUUGAUGAUGUAAAACUGAUAUUUUAAGUUAUUAAAUUCUAUGCCUUUUAUUUUCA